AUGUCCAAAUACGAUAGAGCCAUCACAGUUUUUUCACCGGAUGGUCAUCUUUUACAGGUCCAGUACGCGCAGGAAGCUGUUCGUAAAGGGUCACCGGUGGUAGGAGUCCGGGGAGCGAAUGUCGUAGUUUUAGCAACGGAGAAGAGAUCAGUGGAGAAGCUGGAAGAUGAAAGAACUGAAAAGAAGAUUGUUGCCUUAGACGAUCACAUUACGCUUGCCUUUGCUGGACUGAGAGCUGAUGCAAGGGUACUAAUUUCUAGAGCUCAAAUAGAAUGUCAGUCGUACCGCCUCAUCGUGGAAGAUUCGGCAACGGUCGAGUACAUAACACGUUACGUGGCGGAGUUGAAACAGAAAUAUACGCAGAGUAACGGAAGACGACCUUACGGUGUCUCCUGUUUGAUUGGAGGCUUAGAUUGUGACGGAGGCCCGCACCUGUUCCAGACAGAACCCUCUGGAACGCAUUAUGAGUGGAAGGUAGACAAUAUUUACAGAAAUUUUACACUUCACAAUAUUACUUAUUGA